AUGCUCUGCUCUGCAACACUCUCUCGUUUCUCACCCGCUCUCAGGCAUGAAAAACUGAGCCCUUCUUCCUUCAGCAACAAGCGAGCUCGCGUAUCCCCCACGGAGCGCGGCAGCUUUUGCUCGAGUUACGAUGGCAGUGAUGCCGCUUACGACACCACCACCCUGCCCACCGUGCCGGAAACGCCAACGUUGAACGGGCGGCACAUCGCCACCGCCGCCGGAGGAACGAGGUCUUACGAAGACAACAGCUUCCGUAGCGGCCGCGGCGGCGGCGGCGGCGACGGCGGCUACCCCCGCGCCGCGUCCCCGACCCCGUCGUACGUCUCCUCCUCGACGACCUUCUCGGCGGCGACGACUUCUGCGACGGCGCUGUCCUCGCGGGCCUCGCUGUCCUCCUGCCGGUCGUCGUUCACGUGCCCGUCCUCUUCCUCUUCCUCCUCGUACCGAGGGAAGAGCAGACACGACAGAGGAAGCGGUAGCAGCGGCCGCAGAUCCUCGUAUGCUUCGUCGCGCCCUUCUUCACUGGUCGCGGGAGGCGGCGGCGGUGUGGACUACUUUCCUAAGCCGUCUGUUUCGUGGAGCGGCGGACGCCGCAGCGGCAGUAGCAGCAGCGCCGUUGGCGGUGGCGGUGGUGCGAGCUGGCGGAGGAGAGACAGCAGUAGCCGCAGGGACCGCUGCAGCAGCAGGGAGAGGCACUUCUUCUGCCCCCCGCCCGCCCGACGUUCCUCCGCCGAUAAGGACUACGCCAGCGAGGCGAGCAGCAGCAGGAAGAGAAACAGGAGCUGCAGCAGGGAGAGGGGCAGCAGGGGCGACAGCCGGGGCAGGAGCAGCAGGAAGACGCCGACCACCGCCGAAAGUCGCUGCGGGGUGGAAUGCGCGCGUUGCCUGGAGUGGUGCCGCCCGAGCCGCUCGCCCAAGACGCCCAUCCCUCGCACCUUGCAGAUGGACUACUGGGUUCGCACCCCGAAUUGCAAGGCUGCCAAGUCGAAGCACAUCGACUUCAUCGAUGAUGUGGCCUACUCCCGAGAACAGUUCAUCGAAGAGACGGUGUUCACGUGCCCCUUCACGGGGGCGCGGCGGGCCAUCGUCCUGGAGCGGAACAUGUUCCCCUACGACGUGCCGACGGACGUGGAGCACUGGACGCUGUGGAGCCGCAAGGACCUCCCGAACGACGAGAUGGAGGCCUUCGUGCAGGGAUGGGCUGCGGAGAACCACCCCCACGCGGUGGAGUGGGAGUGCGACAACAACGAGGGCGAGCGGUCCAUCGACUGGUUCCACGUGCACGUAUUCUUCCGGCUGGGGUGCGAGGACAGGACCGGGGUCCCGCGGGAUCCAGCGUCCGUGUACGACGGCCCCUGCGGCAGCGCGGUCGCGGGCGGGCAGGAGGAGGAUGAGGAGGGGGCCGUUGUGGUCGGCGGCGGGGCUGAUGAUGAUGGGACCAGCACCGAUAGGGAUGAUGGAUCGCGCGCCGUUGGUGUAACCGACUGCGAGUGAUUUUUUUUUUCGUCGUGCCGUUUAUUCCGGAACGUCGAUCGAAGCAUGAGAAAAAAUCAUUUUUGUGAAGAUUGCGAAAGAGGGAAAAGUGUAAUCCAUCUGCGGCGGGUAUAAUAUGUUCCGAUUUUUUUUUUCUGUUUCGGGGUUUCGAGAAGAGUUUUGAGGAGGCGUUCUUCAAGAAGCAAGCGUGGACGGGCCAGACCGUCUUUGCGCAUCCGUGGGUAGUGUCUGUGUGGUAAGAUUCCGGUGUGUCGGACAUGUCAGUGUCUUGACAAUUUUUGAGGGUUGUUGGUGUGAGAGGUGGGCAAGAUUUUUGAUGAGCGUGACUCCUGUUUGUCUGCUCUGUUUCGUUUUCUCGAUGUUGUGUGGCUGUGGUGGAUGAUACUACCGGCCAGCUGACGUGUGUUGCUGUUUGGUGGCGUGCAGUUGAAGAAUUGUGGUUAAUGUUCGAGAAGCAACUCGACAUACGGCAUCUUAUGCGCCGUCGUGGCGUUGUCGAAUGUUGUACCUUUUAUUGUGUGUGAUGCAUAUGUACGAAAUAUGACUUUGAAAUAAAAAGGGGGGGAGGGGGGGAGCAUCUGCGCGUUCACCUAGACUUGCUGUAGAAUCAGGCAGCUAGCUCCCUUCGUGUUUGCCAUGGCAUCAUGGCGGUUGGCCGGUCAUGUCGUCAGAACAUUCGCAACAAAUGCACGCUCUCAUUAAGCGCAAAAUUAUAAAAACAUUUGUUAUACCACUGG